AUGGACUCGGUGAAGUUCGUCGUGCCCACGAGGACGGCUGUAAUGUCACCGAUAAUCGAAACGAUCGUCAACUCAUGGAAGAUAAUAACAAAUGGCCCGCGAGACGCGGCUGAAAGGGAAAUCUAUUUGUCGGAGAUCAGAGGACCCGUCAUGCGCAUCGUCCUCGACUGGUGCGCCCGUCACGCGAAUGUGGUUACCGCAGAUGAGACAUCAUCGGUUCCAGAUCCCGGGACUGGGCUUUUCGACGUUUCCGAUUGGGAUAGUGCGUUUUUGAAGGCUCAUGAAGAUUAUCUCGUCGAUCUCAAGACAGCCGCAGCUGUUCUUCAACUCGACGGACUCGAGAAGGCAGUGUUGAAAGUAUUUUUUAACAUUCACUGGGAAUGGAGUAACAAGUAG